CCUCGGUACCGUUAAUAGGUUAACAUGCCCGGCGGCCUACCAGCUUGUUUGUACCGUGGUUGAGCCGGUUUCACAAGCCAAUGAUACUCGUGAUCGAUCGCUCUGUUUCUGUGAAGUUUCGCUGUGUAAAACAGCGACUGUCGGGGGCUGGCAGGACUGUGUGGGGUUAAAGGCGACGCCGCCAUGGGUUGAACUACACACAUGAUGCGCGUCCCUAUAAUUUUAUCUCUCGCGCGGGCCUUCGUCGGCGGCCUGGCGCCGCUCGCGCCGACCACGACGCGAGGCAUGCGGUCGCAGACGCGGCGCGGCGGGCGGCGCGCCGCGCCCUAUUCAGACGUCGCCGAGGCGUGCGCGGCCCUCGGCCGGCGCGCCGCGGAGCUGACGCGGGCCAACACGUCACCAGACCUAGUCGUCGUCCCGACCCCGCUCGGCGAGCCGGCGGACCUCACGGUCCGCGCGAUCGCGGCGCUCGCGGCCGCGGACGUCGUUGCCUGCGAGGACACACGAGUCGCGGGCUUGCUGUACGAGGCCGCAGGCAUCGAACGCAAAGCGGCAUUCGUGCGCCACGACGCGGCGACCGCGGCGGCGACCGCACCACGGCUCGUCGAGGCGAUGCGCCGGGGCGAGACGGUGGCCCUGGUCUCGGACGCGGGUACGCCGGCCGUGUCGGACCCCGGGGCUCUCUUGGUGCGGGCGGCGCGCGACGCCGGCCUCGCGGUGCGCGCGCUGCCGGGGCCCUGCGCGGCGACGACGGCGCUGUCGGCGUCAGGCUUUGGGAAUGGCCUGGCGUUUUCCUUCUUGGGUUUUGUGGAAGGUCGAGGGGCUUCCGCGGCUCGCAGGCGCGCUCUACGAAGCGCGUUGGACGCGGCCGUCGAGGGUCCCGCGGUGCUCUACGAGUCGCCGCGGCGCGUGCGCCAGACGCUCCUCGAUUUAGACAAAUUGGACGGCGGCGCGUCCCAACGCCUCGUCCUCAUCGCGCGCGAGCUCACGAAAACCCACGAGGAGACGUGGCGCGGGGCGUUGGGGGAUGCGGUCGCCUACCUGGACGCGGGCGGCGGCGGCGCGGCGGCCCCGGGCGAGCCCCCGCGCGGCGAGUUCACACUCGUCCUCGACGCGAAGCCGAAACAGGCCGGCAGCGCCGAGGAUGCCAAAGCCCGCGUCGCGGAGCUGAGAGCGUCCGGUUUGUCCGCCUCGGACGCGGCGAAGGCGGCGGCCUCGGAACUCGGCCUCAAGAAGUCGGAGGUGUACAGGCUGGCCCUCGACGCCGGCGAGGAGUAGACAACACCGCCCUGCGCUUUAAAGGAACUUUCUGUGC